AUGAAGAAUGGAGAUGUUUCUGUAGAUGACGACACCAGAGCAGGAGUCUUGAUGGUGUUUUUUAGAGAGCUGAAAGCUGCAGAUGCAGGAACAUACAGGUGUGGAGUGAAGGACUCUAAAUAUACUGAGAGAUUCACUCAACUUCAGCUCAACAUCAGACAUGAUGCAAAAUAUCCAAAAGUCAUGACUGAAUCUGUUCAUCUUGGCGGAGAAGUGAACAUCAGCUGUCAAAUGCCAAAAAAACUAUAUUUCUGCAAAGAGGAUCAUAAGAGCUGCCAGACAACAAGAGCAUCUGAAGAGCCCCAAAAGACUCCUGCAGAAUCUGUGGGAAAUGAAGAGAGAGUUUUUACAGUGAGCAUCAGUAAUGUGAGUGUCAGAGAUGCUGGAGUUUACUGGUGUGGAGCAGAAACCAGAGACACACAUCUGACCUUCAUCUCCCUGACCACUAAAAUCCAGCUCAGCAUCAUCAUGUCUCCAGUAGUGAGACGUGAAGGAGAAUCUGCUCAGAUCUUCUGCCCUUAUGAUUCAAUCUAUCAAUCAAAGUCAAAGUCUCUCUGUAAGGGGAAGUGCUCCACUAGAGACACACAUCCUCUGGAUGAGACUGUGAGAGAAGAGAAAGAGAGACUGACUCUGCAUGAAGACGUCACAGCAAGUGUCUUCACUGGGACCAUCACUGGACUGACAGCAGAGGAUGCUGGGAAAUACUGGUGCGCAGUGACAUUAGACAGAGAGCUGAAUUAUCUUUACACUCAUCUGAUGGUCAUCAUCAAGCAGGAGCUGAGCUUGACUAAGUAUGAAGGAGACGACGUGUCCAUCCAGUGCAGACAUCAUGAUGGAGAUCAGAAAAGCUUCUGCAAAGCACAUGAAGCCUCCACGUGUGUGAAGGAUGGAGAGUCAUUGGAGACCAUCAGAGAUGCUCGAUUCUCUAUCAGUGAUGAAGCGUCUGCUGGAGUCUUUACUGUCAACAUCACUGAUCUGAGAGCAGACGACUCUGGAGUUUACUGGUGUGGAGCUCACGUCAUCACUAAAGUCAACCUCAGGGUUAAAAAGGGUGGGAUAAGAGCACACUACAUAUAA